GCGUGGCACAGCAGUUAAGCAUGAAUGGUCCGCGGAAGGAUCGAUCGAAUGAGAGCCUUAUCUCAACUUCAAGUGAAAACCUGAUAUCAAUCGAGGAGCCUCCCAGCAGCUUCUCGUUGGACAGUCCACCGUAACACGGCACCCGCCAUGGGCAGUAUCGAAGAUUCCACCUCGGAAGUCGCCAUCCCCGUCAUCGACAUCUCAGGCUAUCUUGCCGGCGACCCAACAGCAACGGCUGCCUGUGCCGCAGAACUGCGCGCUGCAUGUGAGAACCAGGGCUUCCUGCAGGUCAUCGGCCAUUCGGUUCCUGAAUCGACCCAGAAGAAGUUCCUAGAUGCGAUUGCCAAGUUCUUCGCCCUGCCGCUUGAAGAGAAGGAGAAGCUGAGUCAGACCAAUAGUCCCUGUUACAGAGGGUAUGAAAGGGUAGGAGGGCAGAAGCUGGAUGAGUUGGAUGAUAAUGCGACGACGGAUCAGAAGGAGGGGUUUAGCGUGAGGCCGGAGCGACCAUUGGGGAGGUUUCUGGCUGGUCCGAAUCAGUGGCCUGAGGAUAGUGUUUUGCCGGGUUUUCAGGAGGCAUAUAUGGAGUAUUUCUGGGCAGUACAUUCUCUCAGCAAAGCCAUGUUCCAGCUCAUGGCUCUGAGCUUGGGACUGGACCGGACAUAUUUUGAUUACUUUGCUUCGGACCCCAAUGGCAUCUGCCUCUGCCGCGCGCACCACUACCCCCCAACCCCGCCCGACGCCGCAGGCCGCACCCGCGGCGUCGGCGCACACACCGACUUCGGCGCCCUCACCCUCCUUCUCCAAGACACCGUCGGCGGUCUCGAAGUCCUACACAAGCGCACCGGCACAUGGCACCCAGUACCACCCAUCGCCGGCGCCUACGUUUGCAACAUUGGCGAUCUUAUGGAACGAUGGACGAACAACCGGUACCGGAGCACCAUGCAUAGAGUGAUCAGCUUAUUGAGUCGCACGGACCGGUACAGCUGUGCGUUCUUCAACGAUGGCGCUUUGGACAUGAUAGUUGAGGCGUUGCCGGGGUGUGUGCCUGAAGGAGAGAGUCCGGCGUAUGAGCCGUUGAGGGUGGAGGAGCAUAUUGUGAAGAGAUACGUGCAGAGCUAUGGGGCCGGCGGGACAUAUAUUGAGCAGAAGGCUUGAAUGAUCGAACCGCAUCCGGGAGCCGCAUCAAUGCAGCAUUUACAAGCCAUACAUACAUCGAGCAAAGGCCUGGAUCAGAUCGGGAAUGUUGGCGCAUUUAAGAUACUCACACAGGAACCAGGUGGAAGCCACCGACCAAGACCAUAGUCGCAAAUUCAUGCUUCGUAAGAACAUUACAGCGCCCUUAUCCAAAUUAACCCCCAGAACCACAAUCCUGAAUCUAUCAAUCAAUCCUGCUGAUAUCUCGACUCGC